AUGUACGCAAUGGGAAGCACGUUUCCAUUAUCGUACGUGAGGAUAACGUGCACCGGUCAGGGGGCUGUUGUCUCGACGGAUCCAAGCAUCCUGGACUUUGGCAGGGUGAAAGUUCUCGAGGAGAAGAAGAUGAAUUUCGAGCUGAUCAACGAUUCACCUAUCCCCACUCAAUUCGCUAGAGAGAAACAGAACAAUUCAUCGUGGACCAUGGAUCCAGAGUUUGGUGAUCUGUUGCCUCACGAGUCGAAAACCAUUACCAUCAAGGUGUUCCUAGUGAACGCUGGUGUGUACAAAGACAAGAUCAUGUUGUCCGUGAUCGACAGCAGAACCAUUCACGUGGACGUAAAAGUGAUAGGAUACGGAUGCAGCGUGAUUUUCACCCCGCAGAUCUUCCCUAUCUUCGACUGGGGCCUACUUUUCAGUCAUCAACAUAUAAAUCGCACGAUAACGCUGAUGAAUCGGGGAACCGUGGCGUAUCAAAUGAUAUUUAUAAAUGAACCAGAUAUACAUUUCCGACGUGGCCAAUUGAUGUCUACGAAAAACAGCAAGUUCAAAGUGGAGCCUCAAAUCGUUCAUAUACCCGCCGGAGAAACGAGAGAGGUCAAUUGCCGAUUAUUCUGGGAGGUGAACGAGCUUGUGGUGGAAAAGUGGUACGUCUUCGGCCAGUUACAAGACGUAGGGAAAAGGGAAUUGAUCGACACGUCGUCUUUCACAAUUACAUUGACGGAACCAUAUAUUGUGUUCAAUAAAAAGAUGCUAGAAUUUCGCGUGGACAAAUGCCCCACUGAAGAUAAGUUGCAGCAAACAGAUGAAUUACUCGUGACCAAUCAAUCGAAUCUGGAUCUGAACGUGAAUCUUUCGACGAAAGAGCCGUUUUAUUUGAUAACACCUAAGAAAAAACGGGUUCAAACGAUGAAACUUGUUCUGGUCGAUAAAAUUUCCACGAAAAUUACCGUUUUCUUCUCCUUCGACACAAAAAACAAGAAUUUUUAUUCGAAAAUCUACGAGGAGGUUCUUCUGUUCGAGUAUCGGGAACAUCCUAAUCGUGAUAAAAUAAUAUGCAAGGGUUACGUGAAUUAUCCAAACCUUCUCAUAGAGCCGAACGAUUUUAUAAUUAACUGCGAGUUGGGCUGCAGCGCCGAGAAGAUAUUGACGUUAACCAAUAACGGGCCCGUAUCGGUUGUGUAUAAAUUCCUGUGGCUCGAAAGUUCCAUCGAUAUAAAACGCGAUACGCCCGUCAAACUGGGAUGCCCUGGGUGCCCGUCGCAGGAACAAUUAGAGUUGAAGAAGGACGUUUUCGUGGCAACCGAGACAUGCGAAGAUCCUUGCACAAGCGACAGGCAAAACGGAAGUGGAAACGGACACGCGAUAGCGCCACCCGUAAAUUCGCCCGUUUCAGAGAAACAAGAAACGAUAGAUGGGAACGUCGAGAAAAAUAAUUAUCCGGCAUCCAAACAAGAAAUUAGAAAAUUUCUAUUGGAAGUCGUUGGACAAUAUUUCGAGAAGGACGACGAUCUGAUCGUGUUACAAAACAUGAAUGACUAUCCUCCACGAAUCGAUUAUAUCAAUGAGGUUUUGCAGAUUAUUCCAAACGAGGGAACAGUGCUUCCGUAUUCCGUGCAACGAGUUCACAUAGGAUUUCAUGGCUUCGAAUGGCUUCAAAUAAAAGCUACCGCUGUCUGCCAGAUUUUACGGGGGCCAACCGAGAAUGUUCAUCUAUUCGCCCGGGCGGACAACGUUCGAUACGAUAUCGACAACGAUGUUAUCGAUUUUGGCCAACAAUUGUUUCUGCAACGCCAACGUAAAAAUGUCACAUUAAAAAAUAUCUGCACGAUAACGUUCGAUUUCGAGAUAAAAGAUGCUGUAAAGACCUUCGACGAGGAGUUCAAUCGUUUCAAUUUACAUCCAUUAAAGAUCGAGCCGGUGAGCGGCUGUGUGAAUCCUGAAUCGUGCGUGCAAUUUCAAGUGGAUCAUAUAGCGAUAACGCUUGGUCGUAUCGAUCAUCAUUUCCAAUUGGAGAUUGCUCACUUAAUGCCCAUCAUGAUCAAAAUAGUCGCUUAUGGAGUUUUCCCCCAAGUCUAUCUGAGCAUUCCCAAAGGAAAAUUGCACCAGCACCAUUCCAUCGAAUUGGAAUAUUCAGCAAUACAAUCAUUGACGGAGGAUUACAUAAUGGAUAACACAGUGGAGAAAGAGGUUGUCCAGAAGAAAAACGAUUUAUUCGAAACAGACAUGGACAUACUAGCCGCCGAGGAAUGGUGCGUUAUCUCGCACGAGGAGACGUUUCCACGAACGAUGGACAUCGACAUGGCUGUGGAAAGAUUGUGCGCAAAGAAGUUCAUCGAUGAAAAUACAUACAUCUUGAUGCAGCAUACGAUUCAAAAGAAGGAGCCGAUCCCCCAACUUUUUUCAUGCGAGUAUAUUAUCGAUAUGAAUUACGUGAUCAUCGAACGCAUCGCUCAUUAUUCGGUCAAUAUAAUUAAUUACGGGCCAUGGAUCGUGAACAUGAAAAUGAAACCGUUAGGAAAGAAAGAUUAUCUCGCGAGAAACGGUAUCGUGGUUCAUUUAAUGAAAAACACCAACGUGCCGGUCGGAGAUUACGCCGUUCUACAAGUGACUUGGUAUCCAACCCAAGAGAAAUUCUCCGAGAAGAGCACGAACGUGAAAUACACGAUUUACAUUGAAGUGUCACACGGAUGCACGAUACCUGUGACCAUAAAAGGGAUAGUGACUUAUCCAUUCGUAACUGUCAAUACAAAAUUUUUGGAUUUCCAAGAUGUCGUAGUGGGAGAAUGUUUGGUUCUUAAUAUCCUGAUCAAAAACGAGUAA